AUGAGCGGAGAGCCGCAGCGCCUCCGGCAGACUGCGCCGCGCCGCGGCCACUGCUCGGCUCCUGGGAGGGCGGCGGGAUGCGGUGACGUCACGGGACCGGGGCGCAUGUGUCCCGCAGAUAAGGCGGUAACGCGGUUACGCCUGGGCGCCGCCGCCGGCAAUCAUCGAGUCGGCACCAGUCCAGCGGAGCCCGAGGAAGACUCGCUCCUGAGGACGCUCACUUCAGAGGCCACCGCCAGCCGCACCGUGUCUCUGAGAACGCUCCGGCCGGCCGAACCUCUCUUCAACAGGAUGCGCUGCCGAGGCAUGGGGGCGGCGGCGCUGCUGCUGCUGCUGGGCUGCGCCGUGCCGUCGCUCGCCUGGGCCGACGCCGGCGCCGCCUCCUGCCCCCGGCCCGGGGGUGGGACGCAGCCCGGGGGCCGCAGGAAUGACCUCUACCGCCGCAGAGACACGUCACCUGACGACCCUUGGACAGGAAAAUACUGCAACUCAUGCCAGCUACAACGCAGCCUCACUAGCGCAGAUAAGGACUAUGACAGCGGGAUGUACAUCGGCAACAACAGCAUGUGCCUCAAACUCCUUGAAGCAAACCAGUCUUCGUGUGCCACGUGGCCGGUUCCCACACUCACUGUGAUCACCCCAAGACUCUUUCAUGAGGCCACAGUGAGCGGACUGAUAGACAACUGGCACAUGGUCUCUGAGCCGCUUCAUGAAGUCGAGAUGGAGACAAAUGUCAAGAAGUUACCAACGGCAACCUUGAGUUCCCUUGAAAGACAUCCUCCUGGGCACAUCUCCUCAGAUCGACAAGCGAACACACCACGCCAGAAAACAUUGCCAGCCUCAAGGCAGUCAUCCAGAAAAGCUCUUGCAAGGCAGUCAACAGUGAAGACGACAGUCUCGGAACGACGAGCCCAACGUGCGAGUGACAGGAAGGCUGAUGUGUUAGAGCAGCUUUCAGGGCCAUCUGCUGGGAUACGAGUAGUAAGACAAAUGAACUCAGUGAGUAAUCGUCGAGAUGUGAGGACUGGGAGACAGUCAUGGCUGAAACAUUCUUCAACAGAUCGACGGCUCGAACGAGAUACAGAUCAGCUGUAUAGGUAUUCUAUUGAGAGACUUGUACCUGUAACUUCUGUUUCUCUCAAGAGGAAACCACCGGUAAGGUCUACAACCUCAAAUACGCACAAAUACUCCAUGUCUGUCUCUGUGGACCAUGGUCGAGAAAGGCAAACCACUUUUAGAUCUGUCUCGCUGGAUCGUCGGGAAGAACGAAGUGCUGAGCGCCUGUCUCGAGAAUCAUCCAGAAGGGGGUUACCUGCGACGUCUUUGGCACAAGAUCGUCGCCAGGAACGGAAUAUGGAACGACUUUCUAGGGAUACAUCUGAAAGACGAUCCACUGGUAGAUCUGUCUCCCUGGAUCUUCGACAAGAACGAAGCACUGAACGCCUAUCUCGAGAAUCAUCUGAAAGGAGAUUACCUGCGAUGUCUUUGGCACAGGAUCGUCGCCAGGACCGGAAUAUGGGACGACUUUCAAGGGAUGCACAUGAGAGACAACUCACUGUUAUGUCUGUCUCCCUGGGUCGUCGGCAGGAACGAAGUGCUGAGCUUCCUUCUAGAGAUCCGUCUGAAAGAAGGGCAUUUGCGAGGUCUAAGAUACUAGACCGUCGCCAAGAACGGAAUAUGGAACGACUUUCUACAGAUUCCGCUGGAAGACGAUCCACUGUUACAUCUGCCUCCCUGAAUCGUCAGCAAGAAGGAAGUUCUGAACGUCUGUCUCGUGGAUCUUCUGGUAGGCACUCACGCGUGAGGUCUCUGUCAUUGGAUCGUAGCCAGGAACGGGAUAUGGAACAACUUUCCAUGGAUAAUCGAAAAAGGCAUUCCUCAACUCGUACUGUCUCAUUGGAUCGAAGUGCUGACAGCAUGUCUCGAAAAUACUCUGAAAGGAGGUCACUUGCGACGAUUUCUGCACAUGACCGUCGCCAGGAACGCAGUAUGGAACAGGUUUCUAGGGACGCCUCGGAAAGACGAUCUAAUGCUAGAGCUGUCUCCCAGGAUAGUCGGCAAGAACGAAGUGCUGAUCGUCUGUCUCGAGAAUCCUCUGAAAGGCGGUUACCUACUAGGUCUUUGGCACAAGAUCGUCGCCAGGAACGGAAUGUGGAGCGACUUCCGACGAAAUCCUUUGUAAGACGUUCCACUGUUAGAUCUGUCUCCCUGGAUCGUCGGCAAGAACGAAGUGCUGAGCGCCUGUCUCCAGAUUCCUCUGAAAGGAGGUUACUUGCUAGGUCUUCGGAACAAGAUCGUCUCCAGAAACGGAGUAUGGAACGACUUCCAACGAAAUACUCUGAAAGACGAUCCGCUGUUAGAUCUGUCUCCCUGGAUCGUCAGCAAGAACGAAGUGCUGAGCGACUGUCUCGAGAAUCCCCAGAAAGGUGGUUACUUGCUAGGUCUUUGGCACAAGAUGGUCGCCAGGAACGGAAUGUGCAGCGACUUUCUAAGGAUGACUCUCAAAGACAAUCCACUUCCAGAGCUGUCUCCCUGAAUCGUCGACAAGAACGCAUUUCUGAACGUCUGUCACGUGAAUCCUCUGAAAGGAGAUUACUUGCUUGGUCUUCUGAACAAGAUCGUCGACAGGAAAGGAAUGUGGAGCGUCUUUCUAGGGAUAACUCUGAAAGACGAUCCACAUCUAGGUCUGUCUCCCUUGAUCGUCGACAAGAACGAAGUGAAGAGCGCCUGUCUCGAGAAUCCUCUGAAAGGAGGUUACUUGCUAGGUCUUUGGAACAGGGUCGUCGCCAGCAACGGAAUGUGGAACGACUUUCUAGGUAUGACUCUGAAAGAAGAUCCACUUCUAGGUCUGUCUCCCUGGAUCGUCGACAAGAACGAAGUGCUGAGCGCCUGUCUCGAGAUUCCUCUGAAAGGACGUUACUUGUUAGGUCUUUGGAACAAGAUCGUCGCCAGAAACGGACUAUGGAACGACUACCAACAAAAUACUCUGAAAGACGAUCCACUGUUAUAUAUGUCUCCCUGGAUCGUCGGCAAGAACGAAGUGAAGAGCGCCUGUCUCGAGAAUCCUCUGAAAGGAGAUUACUUGCUAGGUCUUUGGCACAAGAUCGUCGCCAGGAACGGAAUGUGGAGCGACACUCUAGGGAUGACUCUGAAAGACGAUCCACUUCUAGGUCUGUCUCCCUGAAUCGUCGACAAGAUCGAAGUACUGAACGUCUGUCUCGAGAAUCAUCUGAAAGGAGGUUACUUGCUAGGUCUUUGGAACAAGAUCGUCUCCAGGAAAGGAAUGUGGAGCGACAUUCUAGGGAUAACUCUGAACGACGAUCCACUACUAGGACUGUCUCCCUUGACCGUCGACAAGAACGAAGUGCUGAGCGCCUGUCUCGAGAAUCCUCUGAAAGGCGGUUACUUGCGACGUCUUUGGCACAAGAUCAUCGCCAGGAACAGGCUAUGGAACUACUUCCAACGAAAUCCUCUGAAAGACGUUCCACUGUUAGAUCAGUCUCCCUCGAUCGUCGACAAGAACGAAGUGCUGAGCGCCUGUCUCGAGAAUCCUCUGAAAGGCGGUUACUUGCUAGGUCUUUGGCACAAGAUCGUCGCCAGGAACGGACUAUGGAACGACUUCCAACGAAAUCCUCUGAUAGACGUUCCAGUGUUAGAUCUGUCUCCCUGGAUCGUCGGCAAGAACGAAGUGCUGAGCGCCUGUCUCGAGAAUCCUCUGAAAGGAGGUUACUUGCUAGGUCUUUGGAACAAGAUCAUCCCCUGGAACGGAAUGUGGAGCGUCUUUCUAGGGAUGACUUUGAAAGACGAUCCAGUUCUAGGUCUGUCUCCCUGAAUCGUCGACAAGAACGAAGUGCUGAGCGCCUGUCUCGAGAAUCAUCUGAAAGGAGGUUACUUGCUAGGUCUUUGGAACAAGAUCGUCGCCAGGAACGGAAUGUGGAGCGACUUUCUAGGGAUGACUCUGGAAGACGAUCCACUUCUAGGUCUGUCUCCCUGGAUCGUCGACAAGAACGAAGUGCUGAGCGCCUGUCUCGAGAAUCCUCUGAACGGAGGUUACUUGCUAGGUCUUUGGAACAAGAUCGUCGCCAGGAACGGACUAUGGAACGACUUCCAACGAAAUCCUCUGAUAGACGUUCCAGUGUUAGAUAUGUCUCCCUGGAUCGUCGGCAAGAACGAAGUGCUGAGCGCCUGUCUCGAGAAUCCUCUGAAAGGAGGUUACUUGCUAGGUCUUUGGAACAAGAUCGUCCCCUGGAACGGAAUGUGGAACGACUUUCUAGGGAUGAUUCUGACAGACGAUCCACCUCUAGAUCCGUCUCCCUGAAUCGUCGACAAGAACGAAGUACUGAACGUCUGUCUCGAGAAUCAUCUGAAAGGAGUUUACGUGCUAGGUCUUUGGAACAAGAUCGUCGCCAGCAACGGAAUGUGGAAAUACUUUCUAGGGAUGACUCUGGAAGACGAUCCACUUCUAGGUCAGUCUCUCUGAAUCGUCGGCAACAACGAAGUGCUGAGCGCCUGUCUCGAGAAUCCUCUGAAAGGAAAUUAUUUGCUAGGUCUUUGGAACAAGAUCGUCGCCAGGAACGGACUAUGGAACGACUUCCAACAAAGUACUCUGAAAGACGUUCCACUGUUAGAUCUGUUUCCCUGGAUCGUCGGCAAGAACGAAGUGGUGAGCCCCUGUCUCGAGAAUCCUCUGAAAGAAGUGUAAUUGCGGCCUCUUUAGCACAAGAUCGUCGCCAGGUACGGAAUAUGGAACUAGUUUCUAGGGCUGCCUCUGAAAGACGGUCUACUGUUAUAUCUGCCUCCCUGGGUCGUCGACAAGAAGGAAGUGCUGAUCGUCUGGCUCGAGAAUCCUCUGAAAGAAGGUUACUUGUUAGGUCUUUGGCUCAAGAUCGUCGGCAGGUACGGAAUAUGGAACGACUUUCUAGGGGUGCCUCUGAAAAACAAUCGACUUUUAGGUUUGUCUACCUGGACCGUUGGCAUGAACGAAGUGCUGAGUAUCGUUCUCGAGAGUCGUCUGAAAGGAGUCUACUUGUGAGAUCUUUGGAGCUAGAUCUUCGCCAGGUACGAAAAAUGCAACAGCUUUCAAAGGAUACUUCAGAGAGGCUAUCAACUACCAGAUCUGUCUCCCUGGAUCUUCGGCAAGAGCGAAGAGCUGAACGUUUGGUACGUGAAUCCUCUAGAAGGCACUCACCUGCCUGGUCUUCAUCACUGGAUCGUCGCCAAGAGCGUAAUAUUGUGGUACAUGUUGAAGAUUCUUCUAGGAAGCAUCGUUAUCAAUGGACUGCAGUUCGUUUGUCGAGAGACAUCUCACACAAGCGAUCAGUGAUUAAAUCUGACCUAAUCAGUCUUAGUCAGCGGCGGAACGUGGAUCUGCUUCGGAAGCAAUCUCUUGUUAGACUAGCAACGUCUCUGCCUCUUUCGGGAGAUCGACUAAAUCGUCGUCUGCAGAAGGAGCUAACGCUGAGCUCUGGACGACGACUCACGAGUUCCUCCUUAUUUAUGGAUCGAAGAACAGAUGCUGCUUCUGUUAUGAGCUAUUUACCAGCUGGUCGACAGAACCAGGCGGGCGACAUUGACGGAUCAGCAGUUUCAGACACCAGGAGUACCGCUGAUAAUACACGGGCAGCCGCCAUAUUCCUACCAAAGACUGAGUCCUUCAGCUGGGGACGCUUACCGCUCGACAUUAACCUCUGGAUCGCCUCUAUCGUGUUAAUCCUGAUUCAAUGGAUGGACCACUCGCAGAAAGGGGUGCAGAGACACUGGAGUGUGGACGAAUCUGCGUGCGAGGCUUCGUCUGGGAAGAUCAACUGGGACGGAGUUGGCAGGAGCCUGUGGCAGCUGGCCGGGGGCGGCACCGCCUCCGCGCUGUCUGCCGCCUGAGCCGCCCCCGACGCCACCUCUCCGCCCCCGACGCCGCCUCCAGCCUCGCCGCUAGUCGCCGCCAGCCGAGCCGUAGUGCAGACCCCAGCCGACGCUUCUAGGGACCACACUCGUAUACAAAGACGAGAAUAAAUUAUUUUUCUCUCAGGAAAAAAAAAUAUUUUUAUUUCGAGCAUAACGUGUCUGUUCACUGAUUUUUAACGUCAGACUUUUAUCGAUCUGUUACUGUGUUAAUCGACAACGUAUUUUACAAUUCGUUGUAGUGUAGAACCAAGAAACGUAGUUAAUAUUCAGAUUACGAGUAGUUCGUGUAGCGCUAGCUAGAACAUUCCUGUAUAUUCCACCUGUAUACUGCUGUGACAAAUUCUCCUGUACCUGUCAUGUGGUAAAUACGACAACAUUAAACGGUA